AUGCCAGGGUAUAAAAUCAACGAGUGCAAUAUAUCCUGCCUAGCGUUUGCUGAUGACCUGAUUCUAACGGCAAACAGCCCCAACGACGCUCAGAAACUCUUGCAAGUAGUCGAAACAUUCCUCAGGGAUCAUGGAAUGAAACUCUCGUUACAAAAGUGUGUCUCCUUUCAAGUUGAGCCGACAAGAGAUUCCUUUUAUGUGCAGGAUGCAAACAUUUUUGCAAACAACAGAGAGCCGAUUCCAAAUGCUGAUGCAGAAUCAAAAAUUAGAUACCUUGGCAUGGAUAUCUCCCCCUGGUGCGGCAUAGAUAUCAAGCAGAUGAGGGGAGAAGUGCGAAGCAUGUUGAAGUGGGUCAAAUGCCUAGCACUAAAGCUACACCAGAAAAUUGAAUUACUCUCAGGAUACCUAGUCCCGCACUAUUUAUUUAGAAUAUUGCAUGGAGGGGCACCGACUUCAACGAUAAGAGGUCUCGACGACGAUUUCCGAGUCGCCGUUAAAGAGAUACUCUAUUUGCCGUUGUCGACAGUUGAUGGUAUGAUUUAUACCAGGAAAAGAGACGGUGGACUAGGUUUUCCAAGACUAGAGGUGACAGCGAUAGCCUCUAGUCACAAGUCAGGGAUGCGCUUUCUAGAAAGCCCUGACCCUGCCAUUCGAGCUCUUGCUGCUGGAACAGGGCUGCGGGAACGGCUUAGGCGACAAGCCUGUGUGAACCGCAUAAACUGGCCCAUCCUAGAUACAAAAACCAUAGAUCGCUGGAAAAUCGAGGCUAAAAGGCAAGAGCUCCGAAGCUGGGGGGCCAGCAAAACCCAGGGAAAGGCGGCUAAAUCGCUGGCUGACGAUCCCAUUAGCAAUUGCUGGUUGUAUAAUCCUACGCUGCUCAAACCAUGCCGAUAUCUCAUGGCACUAAAAAUAAGAAGCAACACUUGCGUAAAUAAAGUUGCACUGAACCGAGCAGUUCUUCAGCACGACCUGACCAAGACCGUAAAUGUCGUCUGUUGCCCGAGACGCUAG